GGUGGGCCCGCGGAGAAAGCGCGAGCGAGCGCGUCGUCCUGCGUGCACCUGUUCCCUGUCCUGCCCCGCCCCGGAGGCCCCGCCGCCGAGCCGCCAUGGAGGUGCAGAAGGAGGCGCAGCGCAUCAUGACCCUGUCGGUGUGGAAGAUGUACCACUCGCGCAUGCAGCGCGGUGGCCUGCGGCUGCACCGGAGCCUGCAGCUGUCGCUGGUCAUGCGCAGCGCCCGGGAGCUCUACCUCUCGGCCAAGGUGGAAGCCCACGAGCCCGGGGCGCCCUUGCCGCCCGCCCGCUCCCCUGACCCUCGCUUGCACCCGCGGGAAGCGGAAGCAGCAGCCGAGGCAGCGCUCCUCGACGGCGAGCAGUCCUCUCCGGAGCCCAUGGACACACAGGAGGCGCCGAGAGCCGAGGAGCCCCCCGCCCGCUGUGCCCCGCGCCCCGCCAAAGUCAGCCGCAAGCGGCGGAGCAGCAGCCUGAGCGACGGCGGGGACGCCGGACUGGUCCCGAGUAAGAAAGCGCGCCUAGAAGAGGAGGAGGAGGGGGCCUCUUCGGAGCUGCGAGAUCGCCUGCAGCCUCCGGCGCAAGCCGAGGGCGCCUUCCCCAACCUGGCGCGCGUCCUCCAGCGGCGCUUCUCCGGCCUCCUGAACUGCAGCCCCGCCGCCCCCCCGACGGCGCCGCCGGCGUGCGAGGCGAAGCCGGUCUGCCGCCCGGCGGACAGCAUGCUGAACGUGCUGGUGCGGGCCGUGGUGGCCUUCUGAGGGCCCCCGAGCGGCGCGAUCGGAGCCCAGAGCGCGGGCCGAACCGUCGGCCUGAGUGCGCGGACCCGAGGCGAGGCCAGCCCCCGGGGGAGCGCCCGCGGAAACCGUGGAGAGGAGCCGCUGCCGGGGCUGCCGAGAGGCCCGGAGACGGACUCUGCCCCCGGGGGCCGUCGCCAGGUGCGAGCAGCGGCGGCGCCGAGGAGCCUGAGCCGGGGGCGCGGG